AUGAGUAGAGACAAGAAGCAGAAAACGACAGGGGGAGAGGAGAUGAUCACACAUACAGGGGACGAAGUGUUGACACAACGACAUGGAGGAGAGGAGAUGAUCACACAUACAGGGGACGAAGUGUUGACACAACGACAUGGGGGAGAGGAGAUGAUCACACAUACAGGGGACGAAGUGUUGACACAACGACAUGGGGGAGAGGAGAUGAUCACACAUACAGGGGACGAAGUGUUGACACAACGACAUGGGGAAGAGCAGACGAUCACACAUUCAGGGGACGAAGUGUUGACACAGCGACAUGGGGGAGAGGAGACGAUCACACAUACAGGGGACGAAGUGUUGACACAACGACAUGGGGGAGAGGAGAUGAUCACACACACAGGGGACGAAGUGUUGACACAACGACAUGGGGGAGAGGAGAUGAUCACACAUACAGAGGACGAAGUGUUGACACAACGACAGGGAGGAGAGGAGAUAAUCACACAUACAGGGGACGAAGUGUUGACACAACGACAUGGGGGAGAGGGGAUGAUAACACAUACAGGGGACGAAGUGUUGACACAACGACAGGAGGGAGAGGAGAUAAUCACACAUACAGGGGACGAAGUGUUGAGACAACGACAUGGAGGAGAGAAGAUGAUCACACAUACAGGGGACGAAGUGUUGACACAACAUGGGGGAGAGGAGAUGAUCACACAUACAGGGGACGAAGUGUUGACACAACGACAUGGGGGGGGGGGGAGGAGAUGA